AUGCUUCUCGAAGAUCAGCGCAACAUCCACGAAGAGCUCGAGCGCCUAGAGGAUGCCAUCGCGGACCGCCUGCUCGAGGACUCGCCGCAAAUCCGCGAUCGCCUUGCGCGCGACCACGACGUCGCCCAAUUUCUCCGCCAGAUCGAGGAGCGAUCGGAGCGCCUCAUUUCUAUUUACCAAGAUGUCGACGGCAAAAAGGAUGAUGAGGUCCGGAACCUGACUCUCGGCGAUCCUAUGGAAUCGUUCAUGCGCGAAAUCGCGAACAUCAAGGCAUACCACGAGAAAUACACGAACCUUCCGGUCGAGAACCUUGAGAAGGCGUACAAGCGCCGGUCGCCCGAGGACCACGCUCACUCUAUCGCCGCGAUCGACUCCAUGUUCACAGGCGAAGAAGGUUUUGGCCGCUUCUUUGACCUGACCACGCUGCAUGAACAGUACCUAAACCUUCCUGUUCAUCAGCAAGCGCGCCGCCUGACCUACUUGCAGUAUCUCGACGUGUUCGAUGUCUUUACUCCGCCUCAAGCUACCAUUCGUCGCGACCAGAAGAUGUCCGAAUCUUAUUUCCAGUAUCUGAAGGCACUGCAAGAUUAUCUGGAGAGUUUCAUGCGCCGAACUAAACCGCUCGAGAAUCUGGACAAGAUCUUUGCCAACUUCGACAAGGAGUUUGAGGAGCAGUGGGCGAAAGACGAAGUGCCCGGCUGGGAGAAGAAUUCGGCACAGGCCGGUCCGGCAGGCGGGGACGCCAUGGAAGAAGGCAUCUAUUGCUCAGCCUGCAAGAAAGGCUUUGCGAAAGAGUCAGUCUACGAAGCGCAUUUGACCGGCAAGAAGCACAAGAAGGCCGCUGUGGAGCUGGAGAACAACGCAAGUGGUGCCACUACAAAUGGCGCCAGCACAGAUAUCAAUCGCUUUAAAGAGCGUGCCGUAGCCGAGCGAGAGUUCCGGAUACGCAAGCUUGCUGCGGCGAUGCAAACAGAGCGCGGCGAUACCAAAGUCAAUGUAGAGCGAAAGCAAGGCAUGACAGAACGCGAGCGGCAACAAGAGCUGGAGCAGCUUUACUCGGAGGCUCCAGAUACUGCGAACGGCGGCAACGAUGAGGAUGACGAGGAAGACAACGAGGAGAAGAUCUAUAACCCGCUCAAGCUACCCCUCGCCUGGGAUGGCAAGCCCAUCCCCUUCUGGCUUUACAAGCUUCACGGACUGGGCGUUGAAUUCCCUUGCGAGAUUUGUGGAAACUACGUCUACAUGGGCAGGCGAGCAUUCGACAAACACUUCAACGAGCCACGCCACAUACACGGUCUAAGGUGUCUCGGCAUCACGAACACAACUCUUUUCCGUGAGAUCACUAACAUAGACGAAGCGCAAACACUGUGGAAGAAGAUCCAACAAGACAAGAAGAAGGAGAAGGCGACUGUCGACAACGUGGUGCAGAUGGAGGACUCGGAGGGUAACGUCAUGCCCGAGAAGGUUUACCGCGAUCUCGAAGCUCAGGGAUUGGUGUGA